UAAUUGUUAGUUGCCAAAAGUUCGGCAGCGGAGCACAACGUUAGCAAGACGACAACGGCAAACAAAAUGUCCUUUAACGAAAAGGACUCAAAUAGUGUAUCCACUGCGGAAUUAGAUGUGGCACUCAUCAAUGUGCUUAAAGCACCCAAAAAUAAAAGAGCUAAGGUGCCAUGGUUCUAUGCACCCGUCUUUUUGCUCCUUUGGUUUGCUCUCUUCUUUGCUGUGGUUAUACCACUGUUUAGUCGACUUCCGGAUGGCGUGACCAUCGCUGAAGAGGAGCAGAAACCUGGUCAAUUUGUUGCCGAGCGAGCACAGCGUAUUCUAUUAGAUUACGAUCUCAUUGGACCCAAGGUUGUGGGCAGCAUUGCCAAUGAGGAGGUUACUGUUGCCUUUCUGGUCGAUGAAGUGGAAAAAGUGCGUGCCGCCAUGCGACAAGAUCUCUAUGAUCUCGAGGUGGAUGUGCAACAAUCAUCUGGUGCUUACAUGCAUUGGAAUAUGGUGAACAUGUAUCAAGGUGUUCAAAAUGUGGUUGUCAAGCUGAGCACUCGUGGCUCCACAAGUGAAUCGUAUCUGCUGGUCAACAGCCAUUUCGAUUCGAAGCCUAGCAGUCCUGGCACUGGCGAUGAUGGCACCAUGGUUAUUGUUAUGCUGGAGGUGUUGCGACAAGUGGCUAUUUCAUGGCAGACAUUUGAGCAUCCCAUUGUCUUUCUUUUCAAUGGUGCCGAGGAGAAUCCUUUGCAGGCUUCGCAUGGUUUCAUUACAAGUCACAAAUGGGCCAAAAACUGCAAGGCGCUGGUGAAUUUGGAAGUCGCUGGCAGCGGUGGCCGUGAUCUGUUAUUCCAGGGCGGCCCAAAUCAUCCAUGGCUAAUGGAGUACUACAAAAACCAUGCCAAACAUCCAUUUGCCACAACAAUGGCCGAGGAAAUCUUUCAGUCUGGCAUUUUGCCUUCCGACACAGACUUUCGCAUAUUUCGCGAUUAUGGUCAUGUGCCUGGUCUGGAUAUCGCACAGGUUAGCAAUGGCUAUGUGUAUCACACAAUAUUUGACAACUACGCUGCUGUGCCUCGAAAUUCACUGCAGAAUGCUGGAGAAAAUGUGUUGCCCCUGGUGCGAGCCUUUGCCAAUGCCAGCGAGCUGCAUGACACAGAUGCACACGCUGAGGGCCAUGCUGUAUUCUUUGAUUUCCUAGGCCUCUUCUUUGUGUACUACAGAGCCAGCACUGGGACAAUUCUUAAUUCUUGUAUUGCUGCUGUCAGCAUUGGGCUCGUCUGUGUCUCUUUGUGGCGCAUGGCCCGCGUGUCUGAGGUAUCCUUGUUCGAUAUCUCCAUUUGGUUUGGCAUUUUGCUGGCACUUCACGUGCUCGGCAUGAUACUCUGCCUUGGCCUGCCGUUGCUGAUGGCUGUUAUGUUUGAUGCCGGCGAUCGAUCGCUUACUUAUUUCACGAACACCUGGCUAAUGAUUGGUCUUUUUAUCUGCCCCGCCAUUAUUGGACUCAGUCUGCCCACAACUGUGUACUACAUGUUCCGCAAGAACCUGAAUAUUAGCCAUGCCUAUCACGUUCAAAUGAGUCUGCAUGCUCACUGUAUUGUGCUAUCGAUUAUUGCCAUCAUACUGACUGCGAUCAGUCUGCGCACUCCUUAUCUUUGUAUGAUAUCGACAUUUUUUUAUUCGGCUGCUUUGCUGAUAAAUCUUCUGAGCUCCCUACACGAUCGAGGAUAUUUCUGGGUGCUGAUCAUGCAAAUAUUUCAGCUGAUGCCGUUCUUUUACUUUUGCUCGCUGUUUUACACGUUCCUUGUUAUUUUCAUUCCCAUGAUGGGCCGCAAUGGCAGCUCAAUAAAUCCAGAUCUUCUGGUUUGCAUAUUAUGUGCAGGAGGUGUCUUCUUUGCCAUGGGAUUUGUGUCACCAUUAAUCAACAUGUUCCGUUGGUCGAAGUUUGUCAUGCUUGGACUGGGUAUUAUUACCUUUAUAUUCAGCAUGAUUGCCAUUUCGGACGUGGGAUUCCCCUAUCGGGCCAAAACGAGCGUCAUGAGGGUCAACUUCUUGCAUGUUCAACGCACUUUCUAUGAAUACGAUGGAAGCGUUAGCAUCAACGAUUCUGGCUAUUACUUCGACUUUCAAGACAGACGCCUUCAAUAUCCACUCGAGGACACCACAGUCAAUUUGACAGGCCUGCACAGUAUUAAUGCCGAUUGCGAUACGCUAUUGAUGUGUGGUGUUCCCUGCUUCAAUCAUCGCUGGUGCAAGGCACGCUCCACAGGCCACUGGCUGGAGCGUGAAGAACCAGUGAAUAUACCAGGCAAUGCUUCCAUAGAACUUUUGGCUAAAACUGUUCAAGCAAGCAACAACACUGUUCGCUACGAGUUCGAGUUGAGUGGGCCACCACACAUGGGUUUGUUCAUACAACCGCUGGAUGAUGUGGCUGUGUCAGACUGGUCUUUUAUACGGAAUAUGUUAGACGAACCGGAAGACUAUACGUUGCCCUAUCAAAUAUUCUUCUCAUACGGCAAGGAUAACACUCCGUUGAAGUUUCACAUUGACUUUGUGAAGUCUGAUGGCAACUUUGAUGUUCCAAUCUUUGAGUUGGGAGUUGCGUGGCAUUAUGUCAGCUAUGACUAUGAAAGGGACGCGGCGGGUAUCAAGUUUAUUAACAGCUUUCCUAAUUUUGUACAUGUUAUGGAAUGGCCCACGCUAUACAAACGAUAUGUUCUCUAAAUGUAUUUAAUCUGUACUAUAAAUAUACGAAUUAGCAUUAUAUUAUAUUAGAAUAUCAAAUAAAAUAUAAAUUAAU